AUGCUCCAUCCAACUGAUCUGAUAUCCCUGCCACUCAGAGUUUCCAUCACAGAUGGAAGACAGAUCAAAGGGAUACUGAUAGCACUGGAUGACGAUUGCAACAUACUUCUCUCAAACGCCGUGGAACUCAGAAAUGAAAACGGAAAGUGGAUGUCCAGAGAACUCAGGCUCGUCAGCAUUCGAAAAUUCACAAUAUCCAAGAUUGAAGCAGACUCUUCGUCCUACAAUGAUACAGUCAAGAUGAGGGACCAGAAUAAAACAGCCAAUAAGAAGGGCGUAGUUAUAAUAUAA